AUGUCAAGGUGCUAUAAGUCCCAACGCAUCACCAUCGAUUCGUUCACUCUCGUAGAAGUCGUUCAAACAUACCCUCAGUUUCGUGUCGCCGAAUUUGGGACAGACCUAUAGAUCUUCGGAACUUGAAGAUCUAUUUUUUUUGAGGAUUAUGGAGGGAGUCAGUCUGAAGUGUUUCACGUGGAUUUUAAUUGUUGUCCAUUGCGCUAAUGCCAUUGGAAAAUACAGGGGACUGGAAUUUAUUGAGCCAUGCUCGAAGAGUCAACCAGAUCUUGAAUCCUGUCUAGCGAGAUCUGCCAAUGCUCUUACCCAGCAGUUUGCACAUGGAUUGCCACAAUUAGGAUAUCCGGAAGUAGAACCAAUAAUUCUGGAUGAGGUUCGCAUUGCUCUUGGUGGAGGUCCCGAUGGGUAUAAUGCACAAUUCCGUGAUGUAGCUGCUAGGGGCGUGUCAGCUCUUCGCAUCACAGGGUUGAGGACACGGAUCUCACAUGAUGAAGUACAAAUUCAACUGGCGCUCAAUAUCCCCAGGAUUCGAGCUGCUGCCAAGUACAGGUCCAGUGGAAAGUUGAUUUUAGUGCAGGCCAGUGGGGCUGGAGAUUAUUGGGGCGAAUAUGACGGUGUUAAAGCGAAAAUAUUCAUUCGCGCCAAGCCUUACCUCAAUGAAGGUCACAAAUACUUGAGAUUGCAGCAAUUGAAGAUGGACUUCAGUGUCCAAAAGAUAAAAAUGGGAGUUGAGAACGUUCAUGAUGGAAAUACUAUAUUACAGGCCGCAUUAAACUUAUUCAUCAACAGUAAUAGCCAAGAGCUCCUGAAGGAAAUGAAGCCAUCACUCAGGCGUAAACUUAUCCAAGUGAUGACAACAUUUGUUGAAAAUCUGUUUGCAAAAGUGCCUUACGAUGCAUGGAUCUCUGAUUAGAAGUAAUGAUACCGUCAAAAAGUUGUAAUUAAUUAUUCGUUGGCACGCAAAUAAUAAAGUAGGACUAUAUCUGCGUAUUGCUUAUUUUUUAAGCUCUACGUUUUAAUUUCAGCACAACUCCAAUAAUUAAUUAAGCAUUGAAUCCAUUGAUUUCAUUGUAUUAUUAGCGAGGAAAGUGUUAUCACUUGCAAAUGGUUAUUUAGCUUUAAAUAGAUAUGAGUACUGGAACGUACUGGAAGAAAUAAUUUUAUACAAGUUUGUAGUAUUUGUUGUGAUUGGAUGAGUUAUUACAGCGCAUAAUUUGUCUAAUUUCUAUAUUAAAAUGGAGUUAAAUUAAUUGUAAAUUUAUGAAGAUGAGAUCAGGAUGUUCAAGGUCAUAAAUCAUGAUAAUUUAUUGAAUAAAUCAUUUGAAUGAAAACCACAA